UUUAAACGUCAAAACUGUCAAAAGUAGCAUAAAACGCUGUGAUAAUCUGCGUUUCACCGUCCCACUUCCUUUCUGUCUGUCAGAGUUUACAGAGAUGGCCGCCGGAACUCUUUACACGUACCCCGAAAACUUCCGUGCCUACAAGGCAUUGGUCGCUGCUCAAUAUUCAUCUGCCAACGUCAAAGUUGCAACCAACUUUGUUUUUGGGGAGACCAACAAAACUGAAGCUUUCUUGAAGAAAUUUCCAAGUGGAAAGGUUCCGGCAUUUGAAACUUCCUGUGGAAAGUUCUUGAAUGACAGCAAUGCUAUUGCUUACUAUGUUUCCAACCAACAGCUUCGUGGAAACACUGACUUCGAAAAGUCUGAGGUUCUUCAAUGGUUAGGUUUUGCUGACAAUGAAAUCUUGCCAUCUGCCUGUGCUUGGGUUUUCCCAAUCUUGGGAAUUAUGCCAUACAACAAAGUUAGCUUUGAAAAGGCCAAGGAAGACAUCAAGGUUGCUUUGAAUGUUCUCAACACCCAUUUGAGGACCAAAACUUUCCUUGUCGGUGAACGCAUUACAUUGGCUGACAUCAGUAUGGCAUGCACCAUGCUCUAUGUGUACACAAAGGUUUUGGACCCAGAAUUCCGCAAACCGUUCAUCCACGUAACCCGUUGGUUCACCACCGUUGUUAACCAACCUCAGUUCAAGGCUGUAGCUGGAGAAACCAAGUUGUGCGAUAAGGUUGCUGAAGUUGACCCAAAGAAAUUCCAACAACAACAAGGCAAGGGCAAGGACACCAAGAAGGAACAGAAGAAAGAAGAAAAGAAAGAGCAGAAGAAACCACAACCCAAGAAGGAGAAGGAACCAGAAGUUGAAUUGGACCUUGCUGAUGAAGCUUUGGCCAUGGAACCCAAGAACAAGGAUCCCUUCGAUUCCCUACCAAAAGGAACCUUCAACAUGGAUGACUACAAACGUUGUUAUUCCAACGAGGACGAGUCCGUUUCAGUUCCUUACUUCUGGGAGAAAUUCGAUUCUGAAAACUAUUCCAUCUGGAUGGGCGAAUACAAGUACAACGAGGAAUUAUCAAAGGCGUUCAUGAGUUGCAACCUUAUUACUGGCAUGUUCCAAAGGUUAGACAAAAUGCGUAAACAGGCUUUCGCAUCCGUCUGCUUGUUCGGUGAAGACAACAACAGCACCAUUUCGGGUAUUUGGGUAUGGAGAGGCCAGGAAUUAGCCUUCAAUCUGUGCCCAGACUGGCAGAUAGAUUACGAAGUCUACGACUGGAAGAAAUUGGACCCAUCUACCGAAGAGACCAAGAAUUUGGUGAAGCAAUACUUCUCGUGGACCGGUACUGAUAAGGGCAACAGGAAGUUCAACCAGGGCAAGAUUUUCAAAUAAACGUGACUAAAUAAACUUUUUAUUAGUAUACCGAUUUCUCUCAUUACGUUUAUAAUAUGCACAUUUGAAAGUUAAAAAGGAUUAUUGUGCUGGCUGGGUUAUGUUCUCCUUUCUAUGCCAUUAUUGUGUUAAAAUUUCGUAUUUGUUAUCAUUCGUUCGAGAUACCAGCACAAUAUAUAAUUUUUAAUUUGUAAAACCUGUAGCCUCUGGUAUGCUUUAAAAUGGCAGGUAUAUCUCUGCUUAUUUAUUUUUUCAAAUGUCAACCAUCAUUUUAAUAAAUUUUCCAACUAA